AUGGACUCGUCGGCGCUGGAGCGGGACGCCGUGCAGUUCGCCCGGCUGGCGGUGCAGCGCGACCACGAAGGUCGCUAUUCUGAAGCGGUGUUUUACUACAAGGAAGCUGCACAAGCCUUAAUUUAUGCUGAGAUGGCAGGAUCAAGCCUAGAACGCAUUCAAGAAAAAAUAAAUGAGUAUCUGGAAAGAGUUCAGGCUUUAUAUUCAGCAGUUCAGUCAAAAAGUGCUGAUCCUUUGAAAUCAAAACAACAGUUGGACUUGGAGCGUGCCCAUUUCCUUGUUACGCAAGCUUUUGAUGAAGAUGAAAAAGGGAAUGUUGAAGAUGCUAUAGAAUUGUAUACAGAAGCCGUAGAUCUCUGUCUGAAAACUUCCUCUGAAACUGCUGAUAAAACUCUGCAAAAUAAACUGAAACAGUUGGCUCGGCAGGCACUAGAUAGAGCAGAAGCAUUGAGUGAGCCUUUAACAAAGCCACUAUGCAAAACCAAGUCAACCAAUAUUAAACCAAAGCCACCCCCAACAAGAACACAUUUUCCACUAGGAACUAAUCCCUUCCUUGAAAGACCUCAGCCAUUUAUAAGUCCGCAGUCAUGCGAUGCACAAGGACAGAGAUAUACAGCAGAAGAAAUAGAAGUUCUCAGGACAACAUCAAAAAUAAAUGGUAUAGAAUAUGUUCCUUUCAUGACUAUUGACCUGAGGGAACGUUUUGCCUAUCCAAUGCCUUUCUGUGAUAGAUUGGGCAAGUUACCAUUAUCACCUAAACAAAAAGCUAUGUUUUCCAAAUGGAUACGCCCAGAAGACCUCACUAACAAUCCUACAAUGAUUUACACCGUGUCCAGUUUCAGCAUAAAGCAGACAAUUGUAUCAGAUUGUUCCUUUGUUGCAUCACUGGCUAUUAGUGCAGCUUAUGAAAGACGAUUUAAUAAGAAGUUGAUUACCAGCAUAAUUUACCCUCAGAAUAAGGAUGGUGAGCCAGAGUACAAUCCAUGUGGAAAGUAUAUGGUAAAACUUCACCUCAAUGGUGUACCAAGAAAGGUGAUAAUUGAUGAUCAGUUACCUGUUGAUCAUAAGGGAGAAUUGCUUUGUUCUUAUUCUAACAACAAAAGUGAAUUAUGGGUUUCUCUCAUUGAAAAAGCAUACAUGAAGGUCAUGGGAGGAUAUGAUUUCCCAGGAUCCAAUUCAAACAUUGAUCUCCAUGCGCUGACUGGAUGGAUACCAGAAAGGAUUGCUAUGCAUUCAGAUAGUCAAACUUUCAGUAAGGAUAAUUCUUUCCGAAUGCUCUAUCAAAGGUUUCACAAAGGGGAUGUCCUCAUCACUGCAUCAACUGGAAUGAUGACAGAAGCUGAAGGAGAAAAGUGGGGUCUGGUUCCCACACAUGCAUAUGCUGUUUUGGAUAUUAGAGAGUUCAAGGGACUGCGAUUUAUCCAGUUGAAAAAUCCUUGGAGUCAUUUACGUUGGAAAGGAAGAUACAGUGAAAAUGAUGUAAAAAACUGGACCCCAGAGUUGCAAAAAUAUUUAAACUUUGAUCCUCGAACAGCUCAAAAAAUAGACAAUGGAAUAUUUUGGAUUUCAUGGGAUGAUCUGUGCCAGUAUUAUGAUGUGAUUUAUUUGAGUUGGAAUCCAAGUCUUUUUAAAGAAUCAACAUGUAUUCACAGUACUUGGGAUGCUAAGCAAGGACCUGUAAAAGAUGCCUAUAGCCUGGCCAACAAUCCCCAGUACAAAUUGGAGGUCCAGUGUCCACAAGGGGGUGCUGCAGUUUGGGUUUUGCUUAGUAGACACAUAACAGACAAGGAUGAUUUUGCGAAUAAUCGAGAAUUUAUCACAAUGGUUGUAUACAAGACUGAUGGGAAAAAAGUGUAUUACCCAGCUGACCCGCCCCCAUACAUUGAUGGGAUUCGAAUUAACAGUCCUCAUUAUUUGACUAAGAUAAAGUUGACCACACCUGGGACCCAUACUUUUACAUUAGUGGUUUCUCAGUAUGAAAAACAGAAUACAAUCCAUUACACAGUCCGGGUAUAUUCAGCAUGCAGCUUUACUUUUUCAAAGAUUCCUUCACCAUACACCUUAUCAAAACAGAUUCAUGGAAAGUGGAGUGGUCAGAGUGCUGGAGGAUGUGGAAAUUUUCAAGAGACUCAUAAAAAUAAUCCCAUUUACCAAUUCCAUAUAGAAAAGACUGGGCCACUACUGAUUGAGCUAAGAGGACCAAGGCAAUACAGUGUUGGAUUUGAAGUUGUAGCCGUGUCUGUGGUGGGAGAUCCUGGUCCCCAUGGCUUUCAGAGGAAAUCUAGUGGUGACUACAGGUGUGGGUUUUGCUACCUGGAAUUAGAAAAUAUACCUGCUGGGAUUUACAAUAUCAUUCCUAGUACUUUUUUGCCUAAACAAGAAGGACCUUUUUUCUUGGACUUUAAUAGUAUUAUCCCCAUCAAGACAACACAACUUCAAUGAUGGGGAGAUCUCUGCAGUUAACUGGAUUUUAUACUUACCAAAUGAUCAACUCUUCAAAAGAGGACACAUAUCUCCAGGACACUAAACAAUAAGAACAGAAUUAAUUAUCUAAAAAUGUUACAGUGGAAUCUGGUGCUCAAGUCAGGGUGUUUAGUGAGAAUUGUAUAGAGUCAGAAUGACCCUACUUUAGAAGUACCAUUUACAUAGUUUUGUGUAUCUGUAAAUUGGCUUGCAUUUAGGAGCCACAUUGUAUUGAAAAAGUACAGAUGAUUAAAGUUUAUACUCAGUCAGCACUGUGAUAUGCCUUUGCUGAGAGGGAACUGAGACCAGAUAAGGGACAUAGACUCAGCGAGUGGAGUGAUAGGCUGGUAUAAUAUUCUGAACUAUUUACGUUGUUUGUCUUUCUGGCAGAGCAUGUUGUAAGGUAAACCUGCUUGUGUUGUGACUCUACUGUGCAUCUUGGGCAACUGAUUACCAAAUGAAUUAUGUCACCAUAACAGAUUUGAAUUCUGCAUUAUUUAUGACUUUAAUGUUUGUUGCCCAGAUGUUAUGAAAGAAUAAAGCUUUAAGAAAUACCAAUUAACUUAGCAUGAAGGUAGGUGCUCAUGCUUAAGAAUGAAGGUUGUUGAAGUUAAGGUACCUGUCUCCCAUUGAAUCAUGUAAAGAGGACUGAAGUGUAUAUUAGCUAUUACAGUCAUUUUUUAUCAGGUUGAUAAAGUAGUAUGAGACAUUGAAGAUAUCACUGUUUAGUUGGUACAUUUUUUUUAAUUGCUUUGUAGUUCAGUGCUCUGAAUGGUAACAGCACUCUGAAGAAAAUACAAUGGAGAAUUUAAUAUAUUAUAAUUGGGGUUGCAUUUGGAAAAAUUGCCAGGAUACUGUCAUGUGCAAAUUCCUAGUUGUUUACAUAAAAAUCCAUCAGAGCAGAAUGAUGCUCAAGAUUUUAAAGAUCUGAAAAUAAGGUGGUAUUUUUCAUCAUCUCUACUUUAUAAUUAUUAAAACUUAUUUUGUAUUUCUGCUACCUGUAAUUGAAAUAAAAUGUUUAUACUUAUGGAAA